CAGCCCUUUCAGGAGUCGGGAACCGGCCGGGUGCCCGCAAUCUCGCGAUCCUGUUACGCACCGCUUUUCUUCGCGUCCUGGGGCUUGCGGGUCGCGGGCCGCACCCUCAGUCCAGGCGGGUCGGCACGAACUUGAGUGGCUCGGCUGGGAGUGGGCCGCGUGUUCGGGGAGAGCACCGUGGACUGGAGAGUGGCACACAGCAUGGCGGAAAACCGAGAGCCCCGCGGGGCCGCCGAGGCUGACCUGGACCCGGUGGAGUACACCCUUCGGAAGCGGCUCCCCCACCGCCUGCCCCGGAGACCCAAUGACAUUUAUGUCAACAUGAAGACUGACUUUAAAGCCCAGCUGGCCCGCUGCCAAAAGCUUCUGGACGGAGGGGCUCGGGGUCAGAACUCAUGCAGUGAGAUCUACAUUCAUGGCUUGGGGCUGGCCAUCAACCGUGCCAUUAACAUUGCCCUACAGCUUCAGGCGGGCAGUUUCGGGUCCUUGCAGGUAGCUGCCAAUACCUCCACCGUGGAGCUCGUCGAUGAGCUGGAACCAGAGACUGAUACACGAGAGCCACUGACUCGCAUCCGCAACAACUCGGCCAUCCACAUCCGUGUUUUCAGGGUUACGCCCAAGUAAUCCAAAUGAGGAUGGCCACGUUGUCCACCUACCCUCCUGUAACUAGGCUCAGAUGUGGCUCUCCUUGUACUGAGUGUGGCCACGGACCUCCUCUACCAGAGCCACAUAGGAGAAAACCUGCCACCCCUUACAACCCAGAGGACUGAACUGAGGGGGAAAGUAUUGUCUCUUGUUGAGCCCAAGCCAUGGGUCUUCCUGAGUCUGUGGUCUGUAAGCUUUGUCACCGACAAUAAAAAGUACUAAGUUGUGUUAGUAUGCAGCUA